CCAUGGUACCAUUGGCGGUGCCAUUUAACAGUUUUGCCAACGCGUUGGUUCUUAUUGGAAACUGUGUGUUGGCUACAGUGAUUGUCGUUUUGAAUGCGCUGGUUUUCACGUCCAUCAUAAUAACACGGUCACUAAGGAGAGAAAACCGUUUUAUUUAUAUGAUGAGCACGUGCAUUAGUGACUUUGGAACAGGAGUUUCUUGGUAUUAUGUCGGCCUUUUCGAUGUCGAAGAUGUUCCCCACGGAAAGAACAACUGUUACUUUAUAGCGAGCAGUUUUUUGGGUUUGUCAUAUCUCGUGAUUCUGGCUGCUCAGGCAGACCGCUACCACGCCAUUGUCUCCCCUUUUCGUUACGCCCAGCGGAUGAGUACAACAAGGACGUUGUUAGUUAUUUGUUGUCUUUGGUUGUAUACUUACAUCAACCUGGCAAUCCAAAAUCUGAUUUCCUCCUCGGCACAUCUACUCUGGCACUCUACAGGUACAUUAAUAUGCAACAUCAUCACACUUGUCAUUAUGAUAGGCCUCAAUACCAAACUCUGUUUUAUUGCUAAAUUCCAGAUAGAAAGAGAGCCCCCGUCCGAAGAAAGAGAAAGCAAACGGGCUUCUCUUUACCUAAUUAUAGUGGUGGUCGGCUUCUUCUUACUCUUCUGGAUGCCCGUGUUUAUGUACAUAGUAAUAUGCUAUCUGACAACAGUGAAAUGUUAUAAAUUUGAAAACAGUGGAACAGAUCCAUUAAAAAUUUUAGCACGAAUCAACUGCGCGGUGACCCCCUUUCUGUACGUGCGGGGCUGCGCCCCGUUAAAGGCGGUUCUGUAUCAGAGGGUGCUGAGGUGCGGGUUAAAACAACAAAGGAAAAUAAACUCUGGUGUAAACAAAAGAGCGAAUAGCAUCGAAUUCGUAGAAGCCAUCAGCAGUAAAUAGAAGACGAGUGGAACGGCACUGAAAACGGAGUGAGUGUUGAGACCUCACCAGCAGAGUGGGAAACCGCACGAAACGCACGCCGACCCUCACACUGGAGCUGA